AAAACAAAUGGACCUCGUCAUAUACUCCAGUUAAAUGAGGACAAAAGACACCCAAGAUUUAACCUGUGCGAUUUAAAUCGGAAGUAAUUUUUAAACAUCACAUAGGCCUAUGUCAUUCCGUCGAUGUACGCACAUCUACAUACCACCAGAGUUCUGUACAUGAGUAGGUAAUGGAUAGUUAUGCAGUUCAUAGGCUAGCACCGAAGAAAGAAACAAAAACAACAAACAACAGAGGGAAAUCCCCGUUGCUGCAAUUACUGAAAAGGACAACUUCCCGGGCUAAUAUAUCCCCCAUGAUAGACGGAGAGUUUGAGGAUGAUUUUGGUAUCAAUCAUCAGAGCGAAAAUGGGCAGGUCCAGAUGUGUAGUCUGUCUCCAAAACUAUCUUUCGAUUUCAAGCAGGGAUCCAAAUCCGGAGACCAUGAUCCUGGGGGAAUUGUUCGUGCUCGGAAAGAAAAUCUUGUCAUCCUGGAUUCUGUCUCAAGAAAAAUGAAAAUGUUCAAGAGAGUGGAAAAUAAUAAAAACGAGCUACAAUUCCGUUGUGCCACAACAUACAGCUUUUCAGAGCAUUGCCAUGGCGUUGCCUCCGUGAAAGAAAACAUGCUCGCUGUGACGUCGGAUAAGAAAAUUGAGUUUUUCAGAGUGAGAAGGUCAAAGCUUAAAUGUUCAUCGACGACCAUUAGAACCCCUUCAAAAUGCUUCGCAAUAACAGCUACUUCUAAGAAAGUUUUCUUUAUUGCACAACUUUCUUCCGUACAAGGAUGUAUAAAGUGUUACCAAAGAAUCAAAGGGACUUUCAAAUCCCACUGGGAGCUGGAUUAUAUUAUUGAACGUCCAUUUGGCGAAACUCUGUCAAUUCAUUCUUUCUUGGUGGCUGAUGAAGAGGAAUCCACUGUAUAUUUCACAAAUCCUGAGAGUAGAUUCCUUGCUUCGAUGUCGUGCCGUGGGGAGAUGAUUCGGAUAGCUCGCUUCGACUGGACACCCCGGGGACUGGCAGUUGUGGGGGAAUAUCUAAUCGUUGACAACGACACCGCACACUCUCUCUGCUUGACGAAUAAAAACGGACAAGUUCUCAGGACCUUGAUAAGCAAUCUUCACGAAAAUCCAUCUCAUUUAUGUUAUAACCCAUUGUCAAAAGAACUGUUCAUGUGUGCACUGCGUUCUCCAAAAAUUCGUGUGUAUUCAGUUCACAAUUCUGAUGACGCUGGAGUGAGCGAGUGUUAGUCCAAGAGCUUGCAGGGACCCUAUAACUAAGGGAAAAACCAUUUUAUAUGUAGCAUAUUAUGUACAUUGUGAGGAAGCUUUACGUUGUUUUUUUUUGUUUUUUGUUUUGUCCUGCAUGCAAAUGAAUGUACAGUUAUACAUAAAGCAAAUCCUAAAAGUCUACGUAAUUCUGUGAAUUUUCAAGAACAGAUGUGUUCAUUAUUUGUAAGUUUUAUAGUCAAUCAUGUGCAGUUUGAUUUUUACAUUUAUACAUCUUUUUCAAUUUUGUAAGUAUACGUUUCUGCAUUGGGGUUUUCUCUUUUGUAUUUUUUUUUUUUUGGAAACAAAACUUUUUUUCUAGUUUAAUAAAUCGUUUGCACCUUCCAAA